AUGAUUAAUAAUAGCCCACCAAUAAAUAUUAAAAGUGAAAAUAUUUAUCAAUAUCAAAUUCAAUCUAUUGAAUAUUAUAAUAAUGAAAAAUAUGUGGAAUGUAUGAACAUACUAAAUAAAUUAAUAGAAUUAAAUACAAAUGAUAUCAUUGCAUUGUGUAAUAGAGCAACAUGUAAUUAUAAAUUAGAAUUAUAUAAACAUUGUAUAAAAGAUUGUGAAGUUAUUUUAUGUAAAGAACCAAAUAAUAAAAUUGCAUUAUUAAGAAAAGCAAAAGCUUUAAAACAAUUAUCAAAUUAUGAUAUUGAAUUGGUUAAUAGUUUAAGAAAAAAAGCAAAUAAUUCAUGGGGUUAUUUAUCAGUUACAAUUGAUGAUAAUGAUGAUGGUGAUGAUAAUAAUAUUAAUAGUAAUAUUAAUAAUAUUAAUAAUAAUAAUAAUAAUAAUAAUAAUAAAAAUAUUUCAAUUUCUUCACCAAAAACUACAACAACAUCAUCAAUAUUUAUUUCAACAUCACCACCACCUUAUUUAUCACAACAAUCACAGCAACAAUUCCACACAAUGACAAUAAGAGAACAACAGCAACAACAGCAACAAUUUUUACAAGAACAGCAAAUGUUAAUUUAUCAAGAACAACAACAACAAUUUUUACAAGAACAACAAGAGAUGAUUGAUGAUUUAUUAUCGUCACCACCUUUAUCAUUAUCAGAGAUUCAUCAAAAACAACAUAUACAAGGAGAUGGUAAUAAUAUUGGGGAGGAGGAAGAGGAUGAAGAGGAAGAGGGGGAGGAGGGGGGAAUUAUUGUUAAAUCUGAUUCAAUGGAAGAAUUAAAUAAAUUAUUAGAACAAUUAUCAACAGAGAAUAUUGCAACAUUGAUAUCACAAGGUAAUACAUUUGUUAAUGCUGGUCAAUAUGAAGAGGCAAUUGAGUUGUUUACAAUGAUAAUUGAUAACAACCCAUUGGUACCAUCAUUGUAUUUGGGUAGAGGUACGUCAAAUGCAUUCCUUGGCCAAUUGAAUGAAGCAAUCAAUGAUUUCUCUAGAGCCAUUGAGUUGGAUAAUACAAGUUCCGAUGCAUACAAGCGUAGAGGUCAAUCAAAGGUUGCAAAAUCAAUGGAGCAAGAAGCAUUGGAAGAUUUUAAUCAAGCGGUUGCAUUCGAUAAGGAGGAUGAUUAUGAUAUUUAUUAUAAUCGUGGUUUACUUCAUUAUCAAAUGAGAAAUUAUGAAAGAGCAUUAAAAGAUUUUAAAAAGGUUACCUCGAUUGAACCAUCACAUAAAUUGGCUUGGAAUAGAAUUGGUCUUUGUUUAAAUGUCAAUGGAUAUCCAAUGGAAGCCUAUCAAGCAUUCACCGAGGCUUUAAGAAUCGAUCCAUACUUUGAGGCUUCACAUACAAACAUUGGUCAAUGUUGGAAAGAUCUUGGUAAAUUCGAUCCAUCCUAUCAAUCAUUUACAAAGGCAUUGGAAAUUUGUCCAAAUUAUUCAAACGCUUUACAUUUACGUGGUUUAUUAUUCUUUAAUUCAGGUCGUCAUUUAGAUGCAAUUAAAGAUUGGAAUUUAUUUUUAAAAUUAUAUGGUAGUGGUGGUGCUAAUAGUAGUGGUAGUAAUAUUAAAACUGGUAAUCAUUAUAGUGGUGGUGGUGGUGGUGGUGGUGGUGGUGAAGAAUUAUCAUCAAUCAUUGAUGUACGUCAAUUCCGUGGAAUUGUAAAUCAAAGUAUUGGUGCAUUUAGAAAAGCAGUAGCGGAUUAUGACCAAAUUUUACAAACUAAUCCAUUACAUAAUUGUUUUUAUCAAAGAGAGAUAGCAUUAUGGACUCAUCAUCAUUUGAAUACACCUUUAUCAACAUUUAACAUUGAUAGAUUCAUUAAUUGUUAUUUAAAGACAUUUCAAUGUCAACGUAUACCAAAUACUUCAUUAACUUGCAAUAGUAUUAGUUUAGGCUUUCAAUUACAAUCAAGUUUUAAUCAAUCAGUUGCUGAUGUUGAAAUUUGUCAUCAAUUAAAUAAUGAACAAUUAUCAUUGUUUAAAGAAGCAAAACGUAUUGGAGAGAUGUUGCAAUAUAAUUGUGAUGGUUUCUUAACAAAUUCAAGACAAAAACUACAAUGUGGUCUAUCAGUGAUUGAAAUGGCACAAACUUUGAAAAAACUUUGGUUAUCAGGUAAUAAAAAGAGUAGCGUUUUCCAAUUGGAUGGUAAAAGUAGUUCAGUUUCAACAAAGAAACAUACAUUUAGUUGGAGAGAUCUCUAUGAUAUAGGUGUAAAGUGGCGUCAAAUCUCUGAACCAAAUGAUCCAGUUUGGUGGGGUGAUCUAUUAAGUCCAGAGCAGUUUAAAGAGGGUUUCGGUUCACAUACUCCAAUUAUCACUGGUCAAUGUAAGGUGGUAAGAUAUUAUCCAAUGUUUGAAAAAUCAUUUGAAAUCAUGAAAUUACUCUUACCAAUUCAACAUCCAUCUUUAAUUUCAAAUCAAACGAUUCUAGAUCAAUUGGAAUCUGCUACCACCUGUAAAGAUCUAUAUAAAUUAAUUAAAAAGGAUUUCUUUGUUGUGACUCCAUGCUAUAGUAGGUCAAAUGAAAAUAAAGUUAUGGAAGGUACUCGUUUAACUUUGCAAUAUAUUCAUCCAGAAGGUUAUGAAUUUGCAAUUCGUACACCAAGUACACCAUAUCGUUGGGAACAAUACUCUCAAGAAUUAGAUAUUAUUUGGGAUCAAUUAAUUGAUAAAGUUUUUAUUUAUCAAAAUAUUAUAAAUUCUAAAGAAGAUUUAAUAGAUAAUUCAUCAUCAUCAUCAUCAUCAUCACCAUCACCAUCACCAUCGAAUCAAGAAUCAAUUUUAUUAGAUGAAAUUAGUGAUUUGAUUUUAUGUCUUUCAUUUUAUUGGUAUAAUUUUAUGCCAUUAUCAAGAGGUUCAGCUGCUUUGGGAUUUACAACAUUAUUAGGCUUAUUUUUAUCACUUGAUAUUGCUAUCACUUCAUCAAUUCCAAAGAAUCAACAACCAGAUUGGGAAGCAAUUCUUAGACCAACUACAACUUCUUUCAUUAGUGUAAUUAAACCUUGGUUAUACCCAGCUAGAUCAAAAUUUAAUUUACAAACUACCUCUUUAGUAUCAUCUCAAUUUAAUACAAUUAAAAAAAUGAUUCAAGUUUUAAAUAAUUCCAAUCAAUAUUAA